AUGCACAUCGAGACCCAGUCACUUUGGAUGACUGCGAAAGCCAAACUGGACAAGGUUGACCAGAAGCUUCUCGACUUUGACAGCGACGAUGGUACUAAGAGAACUCGAAAAAACGAGCAUGAUAUACUGGAGAGUCUCGAGCAAACUACUCGGCAAGCAUACGAUACAUGCAUUCACAGGAGAUGGCAAAUCACCAUCCCAGGAAAAGGAAAGAAAAUUAUCAUUCGUGACCUCCUGAGCAAAGUCGCGCACUGGGUCGAACUAUUCAAAUCAGUAGGCGAUCAGGUUGUGCAGUAUGACCCAUGCCAUGCUGCCUUACCGUGGGCGGGAGCUCGAUUUUUAUUGCAGAUCGCCAUCAAUGAUUUCAGCAAAUUCGAUUUCGUUGUGCAGGGGGCCGAAAGAAUCGCCAGAAUGACGGCACGUUAUAGAAUCAUCGAGCAAAUUUACGCUCAGAAAGGCUCAGCUGCCUCGGAGCAGCUCGAGGAGGCCAUUUUGGGGGUGUAUGGCUCGAUCCUGAAAUACCUCGUUGAGGCCAAACGGUAUUUUGAACAUAAAACAGGAGUGCGAAUCCUGAAAAGUGGGCUUCUUGGUCAGAAUGAUUUCCAAGAACUUUUGGAGAAAAUGGAAGCGAAUGAGAAAUUGGUAGACCGGUGCGCAAGCUUGGUUCAAGGUGAAAAGAUGGAGACAUUUCAUUCACUGCGAGAUACGCUCAGUCAGAUGGCACAGCCAAUCUCAGAGGUAUCCUUCCACUUGGACAAGUUCGAGGAUCAUUUGGACAGUAUACAGCGACGACAGAUGUUAGACUGGCUGUCUACUCAGCCAUACCUUGACCACCAUACCACAAUCAAAUCUAGGGUCCUGGAUGGAACAUGCCGAUGGGUUCUACAACAUCCAAGUUUCACUGAAUGGAAAUGUGAAAGCACAAACUCGCUGCUCUGGCUUCAUGGUGCUCAGGGUGCUGGCAAAAGCUGCUUAGCAUCGAUGGUCAUUGAUGAUGCAACGAAUGUCUCCAAUCAGAUUGAAGACUUCGCUCACGCCUACUUUUAUUGUUCACGCAACACUGCUGAGCCCCAACGUGGGAAUGCACAGAGUAUUCUUGGGAAAAUACACCUGGCAGAUGGUUCCACGAGAGCUCCCAGUUUGUGGGAAUGCCGUGAUUUAAUCAUUGAUCUAACAGAAGCCCAUUCCCGGACCACUAUUGUCAUAGAUGCUCUGGAUGAAUGUGGUAGGGAGGAGCGAGCAGAACUCGUCGAGGCACUUGAGUAUAUCAUCGACAACUCUGCUAGUCUCGUCAAGGUCUUUGUCACUUCACGCGAAGAGGGUGACUUGAGGUUAUCUAUCCAGGCGCACUCCGGGGUUCAGGUGACAUGGAUAGAGAAUGGGACCGAUAUCGAGAAAUUUGUGAAUUUUGAAACGGACAGGCUUAUUGCAAAGAACCAGCUGCUUGCCUCUAUCCGAGUCAAAGCGACAAAGGAGGAUUUGAAGGCAUUGAUCAAAGAAGAUACCAUUCACAAGGCUAACGGGAUGUUCCGUUGGGCCCAAUUGCAGCUGCAGAGUCUUCGUUGGAUUCGUUCGGAGAGGGACAUCAGACUUGCUAUGUCGACGAUCCCGCGUCCACUCAGUGAGCUAUACGAGGACCUCUAUAUAAAGGCACUCGAAAGCACCGAGGAAACAGAUCGAGCUUUGUUCCGAAACACGCUGAAAUGGAUGUUAUGCACGACACGGGUUUUCGGUUGGGAAGAUUUUUCUCUAGCUAUCACGGCCUUCGUGGAUAUUGAGGUAUACGAGAUUGAUGAAGAUUUCAUCCUAGAUCUUCUCAGCAAUUUCGUGGUCUCUCAGACAACCCAAGACGGGAACAGGACUUUCCGUUUCGCCCAUCUGUCAGUGCGAGAGUUUUUAGAAACAAAGCCGGAAUACUCCAUGGAAUCUAGCAACACCUUUGCCGCCGAGGUAUGCUUGUUGAAAUUGCUCGGAGCUUCUGGGUCGCCGAGUGCAGUACGGUUCCUCAGCAGACUGGGGCUCAAUGAUAAAGACACCGUAACUUUGUCAGAGAUUGACUCUUACAGGAAAGGCAUACAUGACUACUCCUUGCGAAAUUGGAAUGUACACUGCGUGCGAGCGGGGGAAGCAAAUCGAUCAGACGAGGAACUACGCAUUUUCCAUCUCUUACGCUAUUUUCUUUUUGAUGACUCGGAUUCGGACUGUCCACUGAAGUGUUGGGUACAUUCUCGCCAACGCCGCAAAAUGGAAGGCGUACGUGGAUUGCACCUUCGGCAGCUAUUGCAGAAUUACCAUCGAUCACGGGACCGGGGAGUUUUGCUUUCCUGCGUCUUCGGCUUCGGUGAAGUUCUUCGCACCAAUCACUACCAUGCGCUCGAUGAUGAUGUCAAAGAAGCAUGUAUUCUGGCGGCCGUGACACACUCCCAGUACUAUAUCUGGGAGUAUUUGAUGGGAGAAGCCAAGGACAAAUUACUUCAAAAGCGGGUUUUGAAUGUUCUAGUCGAAAAUCACCAUAUCGAGCCCCUCAGAUUGUUCUUGACUCUCAUCGAGCCUGACCUAAUUACCGUACCGGUCAUUAUGGAAGCUAACCGGGCAGGUAAAGAAAUGAUUGAGCUGUUGCUUGAUCAUAAUAAAAAUCUCCACAUUACGGCGGAGCUCAUUGAAGAAUCCAUGUCAUCUUACACGGCCAUUGAAGCAAUUCUCAGCCGGGCCCCCGAUAUCUUAAUCACCUCUGAGAUACUCAAGAAUGCUAUAGCCGACAUACCCAUCGAAAACCUGAGAGAGAUUCUUGACAAGAAUGAUGUAUCAAUCAUUACAUGUGAAGUUAUCGCAUCGGCUGCAUAUUACGGUUCUAGAGACGGUAUGCAAGCCAAACUAGAGCUUUUGCUGGAACGCGCUGGACAAGUCAAAGGGACCGAUAGAGCUAUGAUGCAAGCCAUUAGCUCUCACGAAAACUCUGAGGUGAUUGAGAUUCUUCUUAAUCACGGUUGGCCGGUAACAGAAAACGUUAUGGUGAAAGCUGCAACACGGGGGAAAGUUGCCCCUUUCAAGGUUAUGCUUAAGGCUGGUGGCCCAAUUACGUCAAAAGUCAUUGUUGGCGGAGCGCGAAAUACCAGUGAUGGAGCUCGAAUGGUUAAGCUACUUGUAUCCUUGAUGAACCGACCGUUAGAUGAUGAACUAUGGGUUCAAAUGAUGAUGCAAUGCGCUCAGAAUACAUGGGGGAAUCCCGAAACCCUUCAAGUGCUCCUUGAAAUGAAACCUGGUCUGAUGGUUCCAGAAGGGAUUUUGAUUGCUUGCACAGAAAAUUCCAUCAAAGGGAGCAUCAUCCUGGAUGUCAUUCUGGAGGAUAAACGAGAGAUUGAAGUUACCGAUGCAGUGAUCGCACAUGCAUUAAAAAAGUUGGACUACGACGAAACCAUAUCGAAACUUCUCGACCGACACGACUCAACAAAUAUUUCGAGCCAGAUGCUACUUGGGGCUGUUCAGAACCGUCGAUUCGCAGAUGAAAUGACAAAGCUUUUAUUGCAGCGAACCGCGACGAUUGAACGGCCAUCCUCGGUGGUUGUUGAUGCAGUCAUCCAUAACCAGUAUUCAGGUUAUAAAACACUGCAGAUGUUGGAGAACCGUUUCGGACAGCUUGAUCUCUGCGAGGCGAAUGUGAAAACUGCGGCCGAGUCUGGCAAUCACGCUAUGCUGACAUUGGUAUUGGACCGAUGCUCAACCACCGAAGCCACGCCAUCUGUUCUGUUAGCCGCCGCUACCAAGGGGAGUUUGGAGGUGAUGAAGCAUCUUUUGAAGCUAAACAACGCUGUUGUUACCCAAGAGAUUUUGAUUGGGGCAUCAGGAAAUUCCGAUUGUAGCAUUGACAUGCUCAGGGUGCUUUGGAAGUUUGCACCACACAUCGAGGUGUGCCCUGAGAUGUUUCUGAAUGCUACAUAUGCGGCGGAUGUUGAGUUUCUUUUUUCUCGGGUGAAAGAUUCACAAUUGUGCCAGGAUAUUCUAAAUGCAGUGAUGACAACAACAGAGACACCUAGCGAUUGGGGUGAUUGGGUAUCUGGGCCUACAUUAAAUCUCAUCCUUGACAGUGGGUUUGAAAUUGCAGUGACUGAUGGACUUAUUGUCGAUGCCUUAAAAGCCGGCCGGGGGUGGCUUUUGAAGACUUUGUUUGCCCACCGAAAAGAUAUUGAAGUGUCACAAGAUAUGGUAAACACAGCAAUCGAGCUAGCAGUCAAGCUGGAGGACUAUCGACCCCUACAAGUGUUGGUCAAGUAUGGGAAUUCGCGUGAAUUGAACCUGCAUGAUGCAAGAGUUAUCCUCGAUAAUUUCCUAUGGGGUUUUAGCAAGGAUUGA